CGACCCCGCUGUCUAGGUCGCCAUCAUGCAGAUUUUCGUGAAGACCCUCACGGGCAAGACUAUCACCCUCGAGGUGGAGUCAUCCGACACCAUUGACAAUGUCAAGUCCAAGAUUCAGGACAAGGAGGGUAUCCCCCCGGACCAACAGCGCCUGAUCUUCGCUGGCAAGCAGCUCGAGGAUGGCCGUACCCUCUCCGACUACAACAUCCAGAAGGAGAGCACUCUUCACCUCGUCCUCCGCCUCCGUGGUGGUGGUAAGAAGCGCAAGAAGAAGGUCUACACCACCCCCAAGAAGAUCAAGCACAAGCGCAAGAAGAACAAGCUUGCCGUCCUCAAGUACUACAAGGUCGACGGUGAUGGCAAGAUUGAGCGUCUGCGUCGCGAGUGCCCCUCUGACACCUGCGGUGCCGGUAUCUUCAUGGCUGCCAUGCACAACCGCCAGUACUGCGGUCGCUGCCACCUCACCUACGUCUUCGACGACCCCAAGUAAACGGGUCGCUCGGAGAGAGGUGCCAAUGAGCUUGUUUCUACUUUGCUAGUUAUCUAGCGUUUUUACAAUCAAGUCGUUGUCCGAUCACCA